AUGAGCACUUCAUUUCUUUCCGGGCUCCUAUCUGGCGAUAAGGAAGCAUCAAAACCAGCGUUGGAUACCACGCCAGCGCCGGCUUUGGAACCUAUCCACGAUUUGGACCUUGCCAACAUUUUAUACGUGCAAAAUAUCCCAGAUGUGCCAGAUACUCACAAGCCGGCUCUUUAUGCCAAUGUAAAGAGUAUUAAUUUGUGGGUGGCCUGGGAGUUGACGAGGGUCGAAGGGCUUAUCAAGACCAAGGUCGAUGGCAAAAACCUGCCGAGCGACGAUUCUGUUGCAUCCAAGUCCAAGAGAACCGGCUACCGAGCCAAAGUAGCUGACAGCUCUAGAGGCCAGUCACCAUGUGUCAAGGCAACCGAAGAUAAAAUCAGCUUCGUCGUUCUUUACGCCCUUCUCGGAAUUAUAAAUGUGCCCCAGAGCCCGCAAUUAUCGAACAUUGUCAAGGCUCUUGGAUUGGGUUUUGACGGAACUGGAAAAACCGUACAGCCCUAUGUCUGGUACAUCAUUGACCAUCAGCUGGACCCAGUGCGCCAAACCCCUGAAGCCGUCAUCAAAACAUUCAGUUUCAGUGUCACUAUCACCGAAAGCACUGCUAGCACCGAAACCGCGGCAUCCACCAAGGCCGCAUCGGCUCCCAAGGAAAAGACAUAUGAAGCCAUUAUUAACUAUACUUCAUCGGCUGUCCAGUUCAACUUUGGUCUUUGGAAUACCAAUGCACCAAAGGAUGAUGAGCAAUUGGCUCUGGGCAAGAAAAUUCUUGCACACAGGCGGCUCAAUCUCUUAGAAAUUUAG